AUGGAUUUCAUUCGCAGAAAGGCUUCAAACGCAUUCUCUAGUCAACAAGACAACAAAGCUCCAGCAGAGCAUGAUAUUGGGCAUAGUCCCCCUAGUAAUCAACACCAGCAACAACAACAAGAGCUUCAGCAAUCGUCUAUUGGCGCUGAAGAACAGCAUCCAUAUGCAGCUCAACCACAACGUGCCGUUGUAGGCGAACAGCAGGAAGAAGCGCCGAUCCAGCAUGAGCCAACCAAAGGCCGUGAUCGUAAUAUCGAUCAGGAUUCGGCUCUCACGAACCAGCAAGACGAUAUGGUGAGCCACCGUGCUCAAGGUGGCGGUAGCCAUACGCCUGUCUGGGCUAAUGUCCCUAUGCAGUCGAACAUGCCUGCCCAUGAUGUCAAGCCUACGAAAGGCAAGAAUGUCGUGAAUAGGGCCCGUACUCUGUCUUCCACCCAUCAGAUGAUGCCGCUUUUGCCCGCUGCCGGUUGCUUCGACUUGGAUGCGCCGGGUAAUGCUCCUAUUAUUACUGGCUAUGACCAUGAUCGUCGAAGUGUCACUUCUAAAGUAGCUGAAGACGUCGAUGCUUCGUACAAGAGCAAUCUUCACAAGCAACAAAUUCAACCAGCAACAACAGCUACCGCUCUAGGACGUGGUGGCGUGAAAAAUGCUUCUACUGCUGCCGGUGUCGCUGGAGGAGCUGCCGGAGGAGCUGCAGCUGGCGGUAUAGUUUCCAAGUGUAUGGAGUACCUGCGUGGCCGAGAGUCCAAAGACGCUUCUCAAGAUUGGGACGAGCCGAUAGGUCCUUCGGACCAUUCACAAGAUAAGGAUACAACUUCCCCAGGUGGCCAGUUCCAACAAACAGAAAGUGGCAAGAUCCAAGACGAGGACUGGACGAAUCAAGAUGAUGCUAGCAAACUGAGCGAGCUUGGUGAAGGAGGUCAUUAUACACCAUCUGGCCAGAAAGCUUCUGGUACUCCUAUCGCCGCUGGUGCCGCUGGCGCUGCAGCAGGUGCUGCUGGCGGUGCUGCCAUAGCAACAAGAGAUACUAACUGGACGAACCAAGAUAAUGCCACCAAGUUGAACAAGCUUGGUGAGGACGGUCAUCACACAGCCUCCGGACAGCAAGUGAUGCACUCACCUCAGGAUGAUGAAGGUCUCCAUCAUCGCCAACCUUUCUCGUCGUCAUCGCAGCAAAGCCAAGAUGAUAUGGCUUCAAACCGGGCCGUUAUUGACGAAGAUGUGAACCAACAUUCCGAGGGGUUGGCUACUUCUGAAUAUUAUGGCACUCAGGACGAUUCUGUUAUUGAUCACAGCCAAGAUAUUGACAAUGGCAAAACGCCCAGUACUGUCUAUUCCUAUACACGAACCGAUGGGAAGUCGCCUGAAGAUUCGUUCUAUGGCCAAGCCAUUGACCAACCUGGUGCUUCGCACGAUAUUGGUUCUGGAGCAGGAAUCGGUGCCACGGCACUGGGUGCCGGAGCAGCUGGUGGUGCUGCAGGUUUAGGCGCUGCUCAUAUCUAUAAUCACCGUAACGCGUACGAUGAUUAUCAGCGCUCUCAGCCUUUCGAUGCUGAAAACGAUGCUAAGCGAGCUGCGCUAGACAAGACUGAUGCAGCUUAUGGCACCACUUCCGCCAUUGAUCCUAACGCAAAGGCUGGCCAGACAUACGACAGUCAAGGUGCCGGUAUUUAUGCUCCCUCGUCGGCAGCAAAUGAUAUGACCAUGCAUGAAGAUACUGGCAUGAAAUCUGACAUUCAAGAUCAACAAAAGCGAGAAGCGCUAGGUGGCUAUGAAGAGCAAAAUAACAGAACAUUCGGUCAUGAUCAACUACCUCCAAGAUCAGCAUAUGAUCAAAACGAUCCUUCUUCCACGGGUGCUUGGGACGAAGAAAAUGCGGAUCGCCCAUUCAAGGCAUCGCAGGACGACAGCACCUAUAAUCCAUUUACUCAAGAUCGUACCGCAUCUUCUUCCAAGCCAUCCAAUAUUAAUGCUGGUGAUAAUCCGCCAUGUCGCCCUGGUGAAUUCUUGUUUGAUGAGCCUCAUGGUAAUGCUACUAAAGCUACAGCAGCCGGUGCUGCUGGUGCUGGUAUUGGAGCAGCUGGAGCAGCUGGAGCAGCCGGUGUUGCUAGCACAAGAAAUAAGCAAGAUCCUUCCUCUUCGAUUAAGGAUGAUCAACUGAGACAGCAGCAGCCAAAGGAAUUCGAUGAUUUACAUCCAGCCUCCAACGGUUUUGAUGGCGUUGAGAAGCACCAGCAACAACAGCCUGAUCAGGAAAAGAGUACUGAUGAUGGUAUGAACAAGCAACAACAGCAUGAAAAGCAAACACUGUCCAAGAACAUGUCAGAUCAGCACCAGCAAUCGAAGGAAGGUCAGCAGCAACAACAACCGACUUGGGAUGGUAAACCCAUCGAUCAGAACCAGUCCAUGGCUUCUCAACGAGAGUCAUGGUCAGCAAUGGAUGCACAGCAGCCUGACAAUAUGAACAACGUCAUCGACGAUGUUUCGAACGGCGGUCUUCGCGAAACCAGUGUACAACAAAACGAUGGUGUGUUUGAGCCGCGUUCUACUCCACGUACAGCUGACCCCUCUGCAAAGGGCAUGGGCACUGGAGCUGCUUUGGGCGCUGGUGCAGGUGCAGCUACUGGAGCUUUAGCAGGUGACAAGUCUGAAUCAAAGCAACAACAACAACAGCCUACUGAUCAUCAAGGGCAACCAAUCACGGAUCGCAUCGAUCAAAAGGAGCAGCAAGAUAUUUCGAACAAACUUGAAGAUCAACAGCAGCAGGAUCUAUCACAGCAACAGUAUACAGAUCAGCAAAAUCCUAGUGACCAACAAGGCAUGGAUCAACGACAGCCAGGUCAACAACAGAGUAUCUCAAAGCAGCAACCGGGUGAUGCCAAUCAACAACCUGUUGAUUCAGUUGAUCAACAACAGCAACAACCUGAUCAACAACAAAGUGGUGCGGCCAAGAAUGCAGGUAUUGGUGCUGGAGCAGGUGCGGCCACCGCUGCUGCAGCUUCCGCACUAUCUGGCGACAAGCAAGCGCAACAACCUCACCAAAUUAGCAAAGAUGUUGACAACAGUACUUACCGCGGUAGACAAAAAGAUAAGCUUUCAAAGCAAAAUGUCGAUCAGGCUGAUAGUUCCGCCGAUGUGAAGCAACCUCAGCAGCAGAUGCAGCAAGGAUCACAAGCACCAUUUUCUUCAGAUCAGAACUUCAAACCUAGUCAUGGAGGUCCAGGUGACAAGGCAUACGGUCAACAAACUGGUCCUACUUUGGAUUUCAGCCGCCAACGUCAAUCCGUUACUGAUCAGCAGCAGUCAUUGUCGCAGCAAGAUCAGCAAAAGCCUUGGGAGCAGCACGAUCAGGUCCCACAGCAACAGCAAUUUAAGGAUGCCGCUGGUAUCAACACUGCCAAGUAUAAUCCCAAAAACACGAUGAGUGGCGGAAUAAAGCAGCAGUUCAAUAGUAUGAAUCCUGCUACUGGUGGUGAAAAGCAACAAUUUGCCAAUGCUACAGGUCCCAACAAAAGUGGUAUUGCUGGCGGUCUCGGCGCAGGUGUAGCUGCUGUUGCUGGAGGUGCCGCUGCAGCUAUUGGAGCUGCUACACGCCGUGGCUCAAAGGCCAAGUCAACAGGGAAGCAAAUGCAGCAGAAUAUUCCGACGACUCUAAACGGUGCUGUUGGCGGUGUCAAUGAGAACGCUGUGGGUAACAUGACUUCGCGUGAACAACAAGAAGUAUCGCAGCAGCAAGAGUCUCGUAAAGCCAGCGAGGUGCCUCGGGACACAAUGGCUACUGAACAGCAAUCAGUUCCUGCUAGUCAGAUAAUCCAGCAAGGCGGUGUAAUCUAUCAUGAGCCACAAGGUGGAUCUUCGUCUUUUGCCGCCGCACCUGGCCAAAAGGCUAUCUUUGUGGAUCAAAAUGGAAAGCAGGUUUUGCCAAGCCAGAUCCAAAGCAAUGCCGUUUUUGUGGAUCAGACUGGCGACCGAAUCCAAUCUAGCCAAUUGAACAAAGAUGCCAUUGCCCAGCAACAGCAACUACAUCAACAAGAAGCUUCUACUUCUGGUCAACAGCAACCUGAAUCACAUCAGGCAUCAACUGAUAUGUCUGGUCAACCUCAGGCGCAGCAUCCUCACCCCGCCGAACAACAACCAUCAAGUGGUGGUACUGCAGCUACUGGCGCUGGUGCUGGUGCAGUCACUGGCGCAGCAACUGGUGGUGUAAUCGCUGGACAGGGCUAUCGUCAACAACAAACAGGUGCUGGUAAUGGUAUGCCUAUGCAGCAACAGCAGCAACUACCUCAGCAACGCCAAUCUGUUCCGGGUGCGAACAACCCCGAUAACCGCGCUAGUUUCCAGAACUAUGUCAAUGGUAAAAUUGAGCAUCGACGUGCAUCCUUCAAGGAAAACAUUGGUAAGAUGUUCCACCUUGAAAACUGGAAACAAGAGGCUAGAGAAAUGAAAGAGCAAGCCCAGCAAAAAAUUGAAGGCUAUGAUGCCGUACGUCGCCGGUCAAGCGCUGGCGCAGCAAUGUAA